AUGGCGGACGCGGCCAGUCAGGUGCUCCUGGGCUCCGGUCUCACCAUCCUGUCCCAGCCGCUCAUGUACGUGAAGGUGCUCAUCCAGGUGGGAUAUGAGCCUCUUCCUCCAACAAUAGGACGAAAUAUUUUUGGACGGCAAGUAUGUCAGCUUCCUGGUCUCUUUUGUUAUGCGCAGCACAUUGCAAGGAUUGAUGGGAAGCGGGGCUUGUUCACUGGUCUAACCCCUCGGCUGUGUUCAGGAGUCCUUGGAACAGUGGUCCACGGUAAAGUUUUACAGCACUACCAGGACUGUGGGAAGACAGAGGAGUUAGGACCUGGAAGUAUUCAGAAAGACAGCCCAUGUUCCUUUGACCGAGUUAUCAAGGAGACAACACGAGAGAUGAUGGCCCGUUCUGCUGCUACCCUCAUCACACACCCCUUCCACGUGAUCACUCUGAGAUCAAUGGUACAGUUCAUUGGCAGAGAAUCCAAAUAUUGUGGACUUUAUGACUCCAUAGUAACCAUCUACCGUGAAGAGGGCAUCCUAGGAUUCUUUGCGGGUCUUAUUCCUCGCCUCCUAGGUGACAUCAUUUCUUUGUGGCUCUGUAACUCACUGGCCUACCUCGUCAAUACCUAUGCACUGGACAGUGGGGUUUCUACCAUGAGUGAAAUGAAGAGUUAUUCUCAAGCUGUCACAGGAUUUUUUGCCAGUAUGCUGACCUACCCUUUCGUGCUUGUCUCUAAUCUUAUGGCUGUCAACAACUGUGGGCUUGCUGGCGGCUCCCCUCCUUAUGCUCCAGUAUAUACUUCUUGGAUAGAUUGUUGGUCCAUCCUACAGAAAGAGGGAAAUAUGAGCCGAGGAAAUAGCUUGUUUUUCCGGAAGGUCCCCUUUGGGAAGACUUACUGUUGUGACCUGAGAAUGUUAAUUUGA